AAUAUUAGGUAUUUCCUGGUCUGACCUUCUAAUAUAAAUCGGAAGGGUGAGGAGUCAGAGUUCGUCAGAGAACAGGAACCCAAUGAUUCCCAUAUGCCCAGUAGUGUCCUUCACCUAUGUGCCCAGCCGGCUAGGUGAAGAUGCCAAAAUGGCCACCGGCAACUACUUUGGAUUUCCCCAUGGUGCCGCGCAGUACAGUCAGCAGCCCACGGCUGGGGUAGCCUACACCCACCCCACCACGGUGGCCAGCUACACUGUGCACCAGGCGCCCGUCGCGGCUCACACCGUGGCGGCCGCCUACGCGCCCACCGCCGCCACCGUGGCCGUGGCCCGACCCGCGCCGGUGGCGGUGGCGGCCGCGGCAACCGCGGCGGCCUACGGGGGAUACCAGCCCACGCACACCGCCGCCGACUACGCCUACGCCCAGAGGCAGCAGGAGGCCCCGCCCCCUCCCCCACCCGUCACCACGCAGAACUACCAGGACUCCUAUUCGUACGUGCGGUCCACAGCGCCCGCCGUAGCCUAUGACAGUAAGCAGUACUACCAGCAGCCGGCGGCCACGGCGGCUGUGGCCGCCGCCGUGGCACAGCCGCAGCCCGCCGUGGCCGAGUCCUACUACCAGACAGGUACGCUCAGCACAUCCUGGGAGUCGACGUGGAAGAAAAGUCUCCAAGCUCCGAAGACGGGUUACAGCCAGGGAGCCACACCGUACACACAGGCCCAGCAAACCCGCCAGGUCACAGCCAUAAAGCCCGCUGCGCCCAGCCCCGCCACCUCCACCUUCUCCAUCUAUCCCGUGUCCUCCACCGUGCAGCCGGCCGUGGCGGCCGCCGCGGCGACCGUGGUUCCGUCCUACUCCCAGAGCCCCACCUACAGCACCGCGGCGGUCACUUACUCGGGCGCGUCCUACUCCGGGUACGAGGCGGCGGUGUAUUCGGCCGCCUCCUCCUACUACCAGCAGCAGCAGCAGCAGCAGCAACAGCAGCAGCAGCAGCAGCAGCAGAAGCAGGCGGUGGCGGCGGCGGCCGCCACCGCGGCCUGGACGGGGAGCACCUUCACCAAGAAGACCCCCUUCCAGAACAAGCAGCUGAAGCCCAAGCAGCCCCCCAAACCCCCGCAGAUCCACUACUGCGACGUGUGCAAGAUUAGCUGCGCCGGGCCUCAGACGUACAAGGAGCACCUGGAGGGCCAGAAGCACAAGAAGAAGGAGGCGGCGCUGAAGGUGUCUCAGAGCGGCAGCGCGGGCGGCACGGGCGGCAGCGCCAGCGCCAGCUCGGCCCGGGGCACCCAGAACCAGCUGCGCUGCGAGCUGUGCGACGUCUCCUGCACCGGGGCCGACGCCUACGCCGCGCACAUCCGCGGGGCCAAGCACCAGAAGGUGGUGAAGCUGCACACCAAGCUGGGGAAGCCCAUCCCUUCCACAGAGCCCAGCGUGGUCACCCAGACGACCGCGUCCACCACGGCGGCCCCCAGCAAGCCCGCGGGCCCCGCGGUCAGCAGCGUGACCAGCAGCGGCAACAGCGGCGCGGCCACGCCCACCUCCUCCUACCUGAAGCCAAUCAACAUCGUGGGCGGAGCUCCCGCCGCGGCUGCGCAGGCUAAGGGCCCCGCCCCCGGCCCGCCCACCAGCUCUUCCGCCGUUAAGAAGGUGAACACGCCCAAGAUCAAUUUCGUAGGAGGAAAUAAACUGCAGACCACGGGCAUCAGGGCGGAGGACGCGAAGGCUGCCCAGCCUUUGAUGCCCGCCCAGGCGCCGGAGGCCAAGGCCGACCCCCCGCCCGAAUCGCUGUCCACUCAGUCCACUCUGGCUGCUCUUCAGAGCGACGUCCAGCCCGUGGGCCAUGACUAUGUGGAAGAGGUACGCAACGAUGAAGGCAAAGUCAUCCGGUUCCACUGCAAGCUGUGUGAAUGUAGCUUUAACGAUCCAAAUGCUAAAGAGAUGCAUCUGAAGGGAAGGAGACAUCGCCUGCAGUAUAAGAAAAAGGUGAACCCCGACCUCCAGGUGGAGGUGAAGCCCAGUAUCCGCGCUCGGAAGAUCCAGGAGGAGAAGAUGCGGAAGCAGAUGCAGAAGGAGGAGUACUGGAGGAGGCGCGAAGAGGAGGAGCGCUGGAGGAUGGAGAUGAGGCGCUAUGAGGAGGACAUGUACUGGCGGCGCAUGGAGGAGGAGCAGCACCACUGGGACGACCGGCGCAGGAUGCCGGACGCAGGCUAUCCCCAAGGCCCCCCCGGGCCCCCCGGCCUGCUGGGAGUCCGGCCCGGCCUGCCUAUUCCACAGCCACAGGGACCUGUGCCUCCCCGUCGCCCGGACUCCUCAGACGACCGCUAUGUGAUGACCAAGCACGCUGCGAUCUACCCCGUGGAGGACGAGCUCCAGGCCAUCCAGAAGAUCGUUUCCAUCACCGAACGGGCGCUCAAGCUGGUGUCCGACAUCAUCACGGACCAGGACAAGGGCAAGGGGAAAGACGAGGAUAAAGACAAAGACAAAGAUAAGGACGUCCAGAGAGACAGGGCUCUUAAAGGUGUCAUGAGGGUGGGGGUCCUGGCCAAAGGCCUCCUCCUCCGCGGGGACAAGAACGUCAGCUUGGUCCUGCUCUGCUCUGAGAAGCCCACUAAGAGCCUUCUCACAUGCAUUGUGGAGCACCUCCCUAAGCAGCUCACGAUUGUGACGCCGGAGAAGUACGAAGUGAAGGCCUCCAUCCCGGAAGCAGCCAUCAUCCUGACUUCCUGCGGCGAUCCCAAGAUGGAAGUGACCAUUACGCUGACCUCGCCCACCAUCCGGGAGGAGAACGCACGGGAUGGAGAUGUAACCUCGGGUUUGGUGAAAGACCCAGCGGACGUCUUGGACAGGCAAAAAUGCCUUGACGCUCUGGCUGCUCUCCGCCACGCUAAGUGGUUCCAGGCUAGAGCAAACGGACUCCAAUCCUGCGUGAUUAUCAUUCGCAUACUGCGUGAUCUGUGUCAGCGUGUUCCCACAUGGUCUGCCUUCCCCAGCUGGGCCAUGGAGCUGCUGGUUGAGAAGGCCAUAUCCAGUGCUUCAGGCCCCUUGAGCCCUGGAGAUGCACUGAGGAGGGUCUUUGAAUGCAUUUCCUCUGGGAUUCUGCUGCCAGGUGGUCCAGGGUUGGUAGACCCCUGUGAGAAGAAUUCAACAGACACCUUGGGUGCCAUGACUGAGCAGCAGAGAGAAGACAUCACAUCCAGUGCUCAGUUCGCCCUCCGGCUGCUUGCGUUCCGCCAAAUCCACAAAGUCCUGGGCAUGGACCCGCUGUCCCAGAUGAACCCGCGCUUCAACGUGCGCAACAACCGCAAGCGGAGGCGAGAGAACAGCGACGGCGUGGACAGCUGCGAGGGCGAGGGCAAGAAGGACAAGAAGGAUUACGACAGCCACUAGGGCCCACCCACCCCACGCACUGAUAGGAUGGUCCAUACAGACCUUUUCUGUUUUUUUUUCUUGUUUUUUUUUUCUUGGUAUACAUCUUAGUUGUGAUGUCUUUAGUGUACUGUACUUGUUCUAGACCUUCAGUUUUGUUUUCUUAACUGUUAAGCAGACCUACCAGACUGCUGCUAGACUGGGUAUUACCAAAACUCUUAAAUAUCAAUGUCUGUGCUGUACUGUAUUGUUUUGGCUUCAGAAUGGUCUGAACAGUGGGUCACAUGCACUCAACGUCACUAAAGCUGUGUUUACCCUGUAGGCUAUAUAACUGGGUACAAUACUGUAGGACUACCUGCAAUAAAGCUCUGCCACAGCCUCCUGUUAAUUCUGAAGCAUUUUUAGUUUUUAAUUGGGGAAAGGAGGGGAAUUCUGUCUCAAUCAAACCAAACUUAAAAAGUGACAAUUAUUAUCGUCAGAAUAUAUAUUUUUAAGCAAGGUACAUUUAUUUCAGUCUAGCCAGUAUGAAGCACACAACUUGGAGUCAUUCAAUUCUUUAUCAGAGUUUUAGUAAAAAAAUGAGAUUAUUUUAUUUGUGCAGUGCUAGUGGAGUAUAACUAAUAUGCUGUUGAAAAGGCUGGGCUGGUAAUGUUGCGGUGUUCCACUAGUCAGAUCUCACGCCAGACUAAUGCUUUAGCAGGUUGCCCAUGGCAUUGUAUUAAGCUGCCACUUAUCGCGGAGACAUUUGUGUUUGUAAUUAUUAUUCCAUAAUUUGGAUUUAAUUUAAAAAUAAUAAUUUUAAAAAGUUUAAGCAGUCAGCAUUUUAUUAUUUUGAAAAUAACAUGCAUGACUUUUUUUUUUUGAAGUUGACUUAUUUACUAAUUGAAGAGUAAUGCUCGGCCUUUAGCCUUGGAUCAGAUAAUACAUAGUAUCUAAAUAUAAAGAGGAAAACAUAAUGGUAGAAAAUUGUGAGCCUGUGACAACUGCGUGUCACUCCAGUGUUGUAACUGUGGUUUUCACUGUACAUCCAUUUUCUCAAUGAUGGUCAUUUGCUCUGUAUUAUUGCAUUACAAUGGGCAGAAUAAAACCAUUCCAGAUUCAAA